CUAGGCCCGGCUUACUCGAUCCCAGUUCCUGUCUCUCUCUCUCCCUUUUCCUGGGGCUUAUCCCUCCUUACUAGUUGACACAGUCGGCGCAUCUAGCAUUCCCAUCUAUUAGGGACGAGGCGAGAUGGAUUACUCGUUCUAUUCCAAUUCCCACCAGCAGCCUUAUCCCGUCUACGGCGUACACGGACUGCCCACCCCCGACCAAAGCAACCCGACCCCUCACGCUGAAAACCUCCAGGGCACUUACGCUUCUUUGGGGGCACAACAUUACCAAACCUUUGAUCCGAACUUGCGCUUUCAGGAUCCUCACACUACCGCUUCCUUCGUUGCCCCGCCACACUCGCCCCCCGAGUCCCUCACGAAACAUUCGGUCUCGAGCCAUGACUUUUCCAACCAGCACCUUGAUCAGGCCUCGCUCGAUGGAGACGACCAGCUGUUAGAUCAAAACCUUGGUCGAAGUAGCAGUGAGGAGAAGGAGAGUCUGACACCGGCGCAAUCCAAACGGAAGGCCCAGAACAGAGCUGCCCAGCGCGCCUUCCGUGAACGCAAGGAACGCCAUGUGCGCGAACUGGAGGAGAAAGUCAGCAACCUUGAGAAUGAAUCAACCUCCCUUAUGGCAGACAAUGAACGGCUAAAACGGGAACUGGCCAAAUUUACAACCGAAAAUGAGAUACUUCGGGCAACAUCAACCUCCCUUCGCCAUUCAAAUCAAUACUCGGCUGAUCCGGAGCCGACAACGACCGGGCCGAUGAAGUACUCGCCCACGGAUCUCAGUUCCGACCUCGGUGGGGGUCGUGGUCCGGCCCACCGCGUAACGGUCUGCGGGAAAACGGGGGAGAGACUACUUGAUGCGGGUGCCACGUGGGACCUCAUCCAGGGACAUGAGCUCUUCAAGCGCGGCUUGGUGAAUAUCGGUGAUGUCUCUGGUCGACUGCAGGGGACUGCUCAGUGCGAUGGACAAGGGCCUGCCUUCCGGGAAAGUCAGGUUCUCCAAGCAAUUGAAGAGUGUGCAGCUGCUGGUAACGAUGACUUGUUGUGAAUUCUACUUCCACGAUGCGAUUGUUUUCUUUUGGGUCGCUUUGUUGGUGCAUGGGCGUCGGAAUCUGUUUUGAGUAUAUGACCAGUGCUUUUGAGAAGCUUUCCGAUAUGUAUACUGCGGUCUGUUAUAUAAGGAGCGAGCGAUUCUGUUGGAUCCUCCCCGGAGUCAUUGGAGAUUCAGGAAUGAGCCAUUAUACCUAUCGCUGCCAACCAUUUGAAUAUGAAUCGAUUUAUCUGUUAUGAAAUGUUUGCCCCGACUAUACGCUGACUAUCCUUUCUGGCUGAUUGGUUUUCUGGCAGUUUGCUCGCUCACAACUAUGUGGUGUCACAUCUAGGCAUUGACCAUUAAUUCGCAAUCAAGUCAACGAUCUGGUCAUCGCAAUGAUGAAGCGCUCACUGAAGUACUUUCCUAAACAUAAGCACAAUUGGUUUGCUAGAUGAAAAUAUUUUCAUUCGGG